UCCCCCAUUGCUGUACCGCGCACGAAUCUCCAUUCGCCACCACCCAUCCACCCAUCUCCCACCCACUCCACUCCACACCACACCAACGCCAACGUUCAUUCAGCUAGUUCUGCUGCCGCUUUCGACUCUGCCAUCGCAUCACACCCACCUUGUAUUCUGCUCUUUCUGGUCAAUUAUCGACCCUCUUUGACCUUACCUUACCUUACCUAGAGCUGCGUAGUGCGAGAUGUCGCCGCUAGAUCAGCAGCAGCAAGAGCCGUCGCCAACAGGCUUUGGCUAUUGAGGCGCCAAGGCAUCAAGACAUCAAGACAUCGAGUCCUCAAUUCCUGUCAAGUCUUCCGAAAUGUCGCCGCUAGAUACGCCGCAGCAAGAGCCGUCGCCAACAGGCUUCGACUCGAGUCAGAGAUUAACAGCGUUUUACCCGGGUUUAAAACCAGCGGCAUUAGAGCCGAGCUUGAAAUCAACGGCAGCGCGAGAGGCGCCGGCAUGUGCGCCGCGAGAGGCGCCAUCAUGUGCGGCGACGGUGGGCAUCUGGUCGAUGAACGUGGUGGGGGCGGUGGGGAUCAUCAUGGUGAACAAGCAGGUCAUGUCCGGAUACGACUUUGUAUUUGUUUCAACGCUAACAGGAAUGCACUUUGCACUCACAGCACUCACAGGGGUGGCGUCGGCAUGUGCUGGUUUAGUCCCCAGCAAGCUCUCCGUGCCCUUCGGUGUGCUCCUAGGCUUCGCUCUGCUGGGCAACGCCAGCCUCGUCGCCACGAAUCUCAGCCUGCUGCUCAACUCCGUCGGUUUCUAUCAGAUCUCCAAAGUGAGCAUCAUCCCGACCGUCUGUUUCUUAGAAGCAGUGUUCAAGGGCCGUUCCUUUCCCCCCCCGGUGAAAGCAGCAGUGGUGGUGGUGAUGGUGGGGGUGGCCCUCUGCACUGUUUCUGAGAUCCACGUCAACCCUCUGGGGCUAUGUGUUGCGGCAUUCGCCGUGCUCUGCUCUGCCAUGCACAUGAUGUUGAUCGGUUUACUCCAGGAGCGUUACUCCAUCGGCUCCUUUGACCUCCUCACCCAAUCAGCGCCUCUCCAAGCCUUCAUGCUGCUGCUAGUCGGCCCCUCCCUCGACCUCUGGCUCACCUCCCGAUCUCUCCUCGACUAUCACUAUGAGCCCUACGCCAUUGUAUUCAUUGCCCUCUCCUGUUGUCUAGCCGUUGUCUGCAACCUUAGCGCCUAUCUGUGCAUCGGGACGUUCUCCGCCUCGACCUACCAAGUGCUUGGCCACAUGAAGACAGUGCUCGUGCUCGUGCUGGGGGUGCUGCUCUUUGACUCCGUCAUCUCCUUUAAAGGCAUCCUCGGUAUGUGCAUAGCGGUUGCAGGGAUGGUAAUGUAUGGCCAUGCCACCGCUACACAGGCGACUGCUACAGGAACAGCAGGGGGAGGGGGAGGAGGAGCAGCAGCAGCGGUGGCAGCUGCAAGGAAAGUUGGGAGAGAGUGGGGAGGAGGAGGGGGAGAGGAGAGAGAGAGGGAAGAGAUUCUGUUGCUUAGAAUACUAGUGGAUGCAGAGGAAGGGGAGGAGGAAGGGGAGGAGGAAGAGGAGGAAGGGGAGGAAGUGGAGGAUGAAAGAGAGGGGGAGAAGGGGGGACUGUUGAGUGGAGUGAAUGCAUGUUUCAGUGAUGAUAGAGUCGAUGUCAGUCAGGGAACACUGAUGAUGCACAUCGUCUCAAGGAGGGCUGUGGAGGGAGAGCACUUGAGACAAGGCUCGCUUAGAGUGGGUGAAAGAGGCACGGCUAUUUCUUCGAUGCCUCAAAGUCCGGGUCAAAGCCCAGAGGUUACCGCCGGUGCAUCAGCCAAGCUCGUUGUGUUACCAUGCCCAAGAAUGUUACCAGAUUCAAGAAUACAGCAUCCCAAAAUUCAGGAGCUAAUGCUUGCAACGGCAUGCCGGGAGGGGGGAGGGAGGGGCAUUUCUAGGGAACCGUCGAACGUCUCCGAAGGAUCUGUUGUGUCAGAAGGGUCAAUUCUUUCGGAGGGUUCGAGUUUCUCUGAAGGUUCGACUCUGUUUGGAGACAGCAGGAGUGGGAUGGAGAUGGAGGGGGAGAGCCGGCGAGCAUGUGAUUUGGGUGAUGGGGCCAUCGGGCAAUAACACUGAUUGAUUCAGUUCAGAAGGUUCCACUCUGUUUGGGAGCAGCAGUGAGGGGUUGGAGAUGGAGGGAGAGAGUUGGCAACAAGCAUGAGAUGGAAGGGAUGCACGUGACCGCAGAGAAUCAGAGAAACAGAGAAGCAGUGCAUGGAUGCAGCAGCAGCAGCACGAUUUAAAAUGGAGGAAGAGAGCUGACGAGCAGAGCGUGAGGGAAGGGAGGGAUGAAGGGGAUGGGGUUGUGUAGAAACUGUGUGUGUAAUUUUAUUGCUUCGCUAAGUGAUACCAUGUAUGUAGGAAACAGGGUCUCAGAUGCCAUAUAAUACAGUUUUUUUCUCUCU